AUGGCCAUUCACAGCGGCGUUCUCCAGUCCCUCGCUCGUUCCCUGUAUCCCGUCGCCAGUGUCCAUCCAGCGCUCAUCUCAGCCGUCCAUUCUGCAGCAGCAGCACUCUUAGCCGUUUCUGGAUCCGCGUUGGCACAGGAAUCGUCUCGCGUGCUCUCGUCUUCUUCCCGCCAGUUUGAGAAUUCAAAUUCCUCAAAUCCCUCCACAGCAGCCGCCAAAUCUUUGAACUCGUCCCUCCCUCACUCCCCUUCCCCUCAUUCCCUGUCACCUCACUCCUCCCCUCACUCCGUCCGUCCGUUUUCCACGAGCACCGCGGCACCACCAUCGUCCCCGUUUGCACGCCCCCCGCAUCAGCCAUUACCGCAGCACAAAGACCUCCUCCAGCUGCCGCCUCCCCCUCCUGUGCCGCAAAGGCGGGUCGUUGUCACAGGUGAUUUGGUGGUGACCAGGACGCGGGCCUGCCCGCCCCAGAUGCCACCUCCCCUUCCCGUGCCGCAACUGCGGGUCGCUGUCACAAGCAUUGGCAUGGUGACGCCUCUCGGCAUGGGCGCCACUGCCACGUGGCAGCGCCUGAUUGGUGGAGACAGCGCCAUCCGCGCCCUGACCCCAUCGGACAUAGCCGUUCCUGGCAUGACAGACAGCCUCGCCGCUGCUCUGCUCUCCCAGCUGCCUUCUCUCCCAUCUCACAUGCCCUGUGUUGUGCCUCCUCCUUUUGAGACGUCUGCUCUCCCCUCUCUCUGCGCUCCCCUCUCUCCCCUCUCUUCCCCCUCCCCUUCUCUCCACGCCCCCUUCCCGCCCCUCCCCCUCCCCUCGCCAGGCAUUGGCAUGGUCACCCCUCUUGGCGUCGGCUCCGCUGCCACGUGGCAGCGCCUGAUUGGUGGAAACAGCGCCAUCCGCGCCCUGACCCCAUCGGACAUAGCCAUUCCCGGCAUGACAGACAGCCUCGCCGCUGCUCUGCUCUCCCAACUCCCCUCUCGCAUUGCCGGCGUUGUCCCUCCUGUUCCUCCUGCCCCUCCUGCACCACCUGUUGCUGCUAAUGACCGUCCCGACAGUCCUUCUGCUGCUCAUGCUGGGGUGGAAGGAGACAAAUCAGGUCUCGAGGGCAUGCCUCGGUUUGUGCAGCAUGCAAUAAGAGCGGCUGAUGAGGCCAUGAUGGAUGCCCGGUGGAUGCCGGAGGAGGAGGAGGAUCGCGUGAGAACGGGAGUGUGUGUGGGGGGAGGCAUCGGGAGCAUCAGCGAGGUGGCAGCAGCAGGCCACCUUCUUUUUGAGCAGAAGCCCAGGCGCAUCUCGCCGCACUUCGUGCCACGGAUUCUCAUCAACAUGGCCGCAGGGCACAUCAGCAUUCGCCACCGCCUCAAGGGCCCCAAUCAUGCCUCAGUGACAGCAUGUGCCUCGUCAGCGCAUGCCAUCGCAGACGCCUUCCGAUUGGUCCGCUGUGGGGCUGCUGACGUCAUCGUGGCGGGCGGCACAGAGGCGUGCGUCGACGCGCUUUCCCUCGCUGGCUUCUCACGGUGGGUGGCGGGGGCAGCGUGCACCGACGCCCUCUUCCUCGCUGGCUUCUCCCGGUGGGUAAUGUGCCUUGCGGGAUGUAUGGUGGGCAUGGGGGGGACGGCUGCUGACGUCAUCGUGGCGGGUGGCACAGAGGCCUGCAUCGAUGCCCUCUCCCUCGCUGGCUUUUCGUGGGUAAUGUGCCUUGCGGGAUGUAUGGUGGGCAUGGGGGGGACAGCUGCUGACGUCAUCGUGGCGGGUGGCACAGAGGCCUGCAUCGACGCCCUCUCCCUCGCUGGCUUCUCACGAAUGGCAGAGGGAGCAGGCGUGUUGGUGCUUGAGGACCUAGACCAUGCGGUGCAGCGCGGUGCAAAGGUGUACGCAGAGGUUCGAGGAGCCGGCAGUUCAGCAGACGCCUUUCACAUCACACAGCCGUCUCCCCUGGCCACUGGUGCAGUUCUGUGCAUGCGAGCUGCUCUCAAGGAGGCUGGUCUGCAACCAUCCGAUAUAGGGUACCUCAAUGCCCAUGCCACCUCCACUCCCCUUGGCGAUGAGAUAGAAGCUCUGGCCCUCAAGGCUGUCUUCGACCAGCACUUGCUCUCAGGAGACCUCUCUUUUAACCCUCGCGAUGAGAUAGAAGCACUGGCGCUAAAGGCUGUAUUUGACCAGCAUGUGCUCUCAGGAGACCUUUCUUUCUCCUCCAGCAAGGGAGCGAUGGGUCAUCUGUUGGGAGCUGCAGGGGCAGUGGAGGCAGCUGUUGCUGUGAUGGCUCUGCACCAUGUGAGUGGCACUGUGCUUGAACCAUCUGCAUUGGCAGUGGAGGCAGCUGUUGCUGUCAUGGCUCUGCACCAUGUGAGUGGCACUGUGCUUGAACCAUUCAGCUCAAGUGUCAACUUUCCGCGCUCCCCUUUCUUCCCCACUUUCCCAAUUCCUUCCCUCCCUUCUCUCUCUCAACCAUUACAGGGCGUCGUGCCGCCCAAUGUCAACCUCAUCAAACCGGACCCUUCCAUUUCUCCCUUCCUUCCAAUCACGCUCCUCUAA